AUGUAUCCCGAAUGUAGCUCCCCAGUAAGCUACCGUGUCGCUCGCACAUUCUUUGCAGAGGGCACGCAUCCGAUAUAUGUGCUCUUUGGCUCCAAUAAGGGCACGUGCGAGGCACUCGCGCAGAGGAUUGUUGCGGAUGCAGGCGGUCAAGGCUUCAAGGCGAACUCUGGCGAACUCGACACCGCGGCGGGGCACCUGCUCACCGACGGGCCCGUGAUCAUCGUGACUGCGUCAUACGAAGAAAACGCGACACGCUUCGUUGAGUGGCUCGCGAGCCUCCGCGGCGACGCACCUACAGGCAUUGCGCUCGCGGGUUACGGCGCGAUCCGCCUUCUCCCCCGCGGCGAGGCCAACGCGGGCUCUAGCGACUUUCUCGAGGCGUUCACCAGGUGGGAGGAGGCGCUGUAG